AUGGAGAGCACACUACAGAAACCCCAAAAACCCGUCGUUUGUUACCGCUGCAGAAAAUCGUCGUCAAAAACCAGUACUUUGGUUGCGUGCGAUCUUUGUGCAUUGUUUUGGCAUUUGGGCUGCAUUUCGCCAUCUCUUCAACAUGACCCACCAACUGGUCAUUGGAUGUGUCCUCAACAUCAGAAACCAUCCAAGCGACAAAGCCCAGGACGUAAACGAGUUUCCAAAAUAAAGGCUAGAGAAGCCACGACUGAAAGUCUGGAAGAGGCUGAUGAAUUUUUAAAAUAUGGGGGUGUGUUACAUAGCAUUCUGGCUGAAACAGUCGAAGGCGACUUUCUACGUUAUGCCAAAAGAUACAGACAGUUCAAUCACUCUGAACGAAAUAGAAAGCGACAUAAAUUACACGCUGACAAGUGGCUUGACAAGCUAACCUGUGUUCAAUUGAAUGAUACGGAUGGGAUACAAAUGCUAAUAGACGCUGCCAAUGUUCAAUCAGACAAUAAUACAUAUGUCAAUCUAGACGAGACUCAACUUAAAAGAUUUGAAGCAAUACAAGAACUUGUAAAUAUUAAAGGCGAAGGUGUCGUGAUGGACAUCUUGUCCAAAACUUUAUAA